AUGGAUACUGAUACCUUUAAUUUUAACGAAGCGACAAUUACUUAUACUGCUUUUAUCCAAAAAUACCAUGACGAAGCAAAUGCAGUAGUUUCGGACGAAGAACAUAUUGCUUUUCUGGCACUAUGGCUUUCGAGAACACUGAUUCCAAUUUUACUUGUAGCCGUUACUCGAAAGAGAAAGAUCAAAGAGGUCCCGACGCAGAAGGCUUCUGAAGUUUCGAAGAGUAACAAACCAAGUGGGAGUGACUCUAUCACCACUGAUAAGAAACCCACGAGCUCGAAGCCUCCGACACAUUCGAAGCGAAAAGCUUCUCAAAUAGUCGUUUCAGACGACGAUGACAAAUCGCCUCCUCGUACCAGACAAGCCCAAAAGAAAAGACAGAAGGCCGUCACUCCUUUAGGAAAAGAAAAGGGAUCUGGGUCUUCGAAAAUUACGUCACCGGGUGAAAAGGUAUCUUCUGAAGAGUCACCUUUAAAAGGUGGUAGUAACGUUCUUCUUGUAGAAAGCCACAACUCGAGUCCAGAUAACAUUCCAACCAAGGAUGAUGUUGGCACAGCCACUUCUGACCUCAAAGCCUUCAGCCUCACCAUUGACCUCGAUAAUCUCCAAGACAAAUCUUGCGCGCUUUCGCCAGUUGUCGAAGAUGCUCAGUCCCUUGCGACCAUUAUUCCUACCAUGCUAGUUGAAGAAAGCCAUUCGACUGAUGAUUCUCCACCUACCCACAAAAGUGAAAAUAUGGGAGCAGAUCGACAAUGUUCAGGUAGUAACAAUGCAGCUGGUCACCCAACUGGUAGUGAGGAUACUGUAUCUGAACAAGAUGCUAUGGAGGAAACCUCCAAGUUAGCCACAGUUGGUCCUCACGAAACUUCACCCUUUGGGACCAUAGUUUCCCCUGAAACUACUUCUACGCCUGCCCCAGUGGCUUCUCAUAGUUCAUGUUGGAAGGCUGUUACUGAUGCAACGAAGAAGGGUGAUGCUCUCAAGCUUAAAUGCUCAGAGAAACAAAAAGAGUAUGACGAAUGUGAGCAGAAUAUCAAAUUCUGGAAGCAGGAAAUUAUUAAGCUUGAAGAGAAGAUAAAAGAGGCUGAAUCUCGUAAGGCAACAAUUCAACAGAUCAGUGAGCAAGAAUUGAUUGAAGUUGCACAUUUAGGAAUCCAGCAUUUCGAAGCUGCGCAGAAACUAGAAUAA